GUGAUAUUUAAUUAAUUAAUUACUUCUUGUGUGUGUAUCGUGUGAUUCUGAUCGUGCAUAGCUGUGUGAACUGUGAACUGUGUACAAUAGGUAGGGGUACACCAUGAGGGGAACUGCAGUGAUGUGGCCCUUGAGGACAGUGAAGAGGAGCAUCUGCACCACGGCCAGCCGCCAGCAGGUAUCGGAAGGCAGCAAGGAAAUGGGUGCAAAAAAUUCGAUGCUUUCCACGUGUCCCGUCCACAUCCAGCGAGCCAGGUCCACUCACGUCGUGGACGCUACAGCCUUCGAAGUAUCGUCUCCUGUCAAACCCUGGGAAGAUGUACCAGGUCCAAAGCCACUGCCCUUACUUGGAAACACUUGGAGGUUCACUCCUUAUAUCGACUAG